AUGAAUCAAUCAAAUAGAACUAACUCCCAUAUCAAAACAUCACAUGUUCACAGCGUGGAUUUGUCGGUGCCAUUCGAUUUACCAAUUACUGACGCUUAUUCUAAAGUUUCAUCAUCUAUUGAUCCUAUUAAACAAAUUGAACAAUGGUUAAAGUCACCGUCAAUAUCACCACCACCUCUGAAAAUCACACAACAGCCAAUAAUAAUGCCAAUGAAUAAUGAUUCAAGUGCAACAUCACCAACCCAAAACUCUGCACCGUCAGUUCCAGAAAGAAGAACUGAUCAACAACCACUAGCUAAAAGUCAUGUCAGAUAUGGACCAAUAACCGUGAAUCCCCGAACAAAACCAGCUAAAACAUUAUUCACUGGUCGAAAAUCGAAAUAUGAAGUAUUGUCGUCAGAUGAAGAAGAAAAACGUCGAUUAAGACGUGAGAGAAAUCGUAUAGCAGCAACAAAAUGUCGUGAAAAACGUGAAGAUGUUAUUGUUUAUUUGGAAAAAGAAUAUAAAAUUGAAGUAAAUAAAAAUAAACAGUUGAAGGAAUAUCUCGAAAAACUCAUAAAAAAAUAUGAAGGAUUAAAAAAAUUAGUGAAAAAUCAUUCUGAUGUAUGUCAACUUAAUCCGAAUCAAUCGAGACUUAUGAAUGAUCAACAACUAAUGUAUCUAACAUCAACAGUCAAUGAUUAUCUUGUUAAUACAAGCACACUUGAUGACAAUCUACCAUCAUCGUUGACAAAUUCAAUAGAAGAAAUGUCAUUUGGAAACACUGCACGUACCUCUUUUUCUGAUGUUAGUUCUAUGCGUGUAGAUUACAAUACAUCACCAAUCGCCUCUUCGCCUCAUCAUUAUACUUGUACUACAACGAAUAAAAUCGACGAGAUCAAUUCUUAUCCCAUCCAAAUAUCACAUAAUGUAUCACAGUUGCAAGAUAAUUUCUUUUUAACUAAGUCAGAUUAUUUACAACAACAAAAUCAAUCGUUAUUACCAUUCUCUACCGCGUGUGAUCAACAACAAAAUUAUGAUCAUUCACAAUCAAUGACUAGUCAAACGGACAAUACAGCAACAAGAACGGUCCCUCAAGGCUCACUAUCGUCUGUAAAGUUAAAUCUCCCACAAAAUGCUCGUCAAAUAUUCAAUUUUGAUAUAUAUUGUGCUAAUAAUUUACUCGUAUCAAAUUGUGCUAGACAACAUAGUUCAAGUAGCGAAGACGAUUCAAUAUCUCCGACACUUACAUCAGUGUUUUAA